AGAAAUCGACUUGACUCACCAAAUCACCGGAUCCAAUUCAUGAAGUCAUUCAAUUGAAUGAAGAUAAAUUUCAAUAAAAUGAACUCAAAAUCCCCCUGCAUAAUCGUUCACGGGGGCAUCACGCACGCUAACGAUCCCUGGAUAAUGGAAAAAAUCUCAGCAGUUGUAAAAUCAGCAUCUCGUGGCUACAGUUCUCUGAUAUCCAACCAAAACGCUGUGGACGCUGUUGAAGACGCCCUGUGGUGGCUGGAGAACGACGAGUUCUUGAACUGUGGGUAUGGCUGCUCUCCGAAUGAUCAGGACCUGGUGGAGAUGGACGCCAGCAUGAUGAAUGGCACUACAUCCCAGUCGGGCACAAUCCUCUGUUUAAAAGACGUGGAGCACCCCAUUUCCGUUGCUCGAUACGUCAUGGAGAAUUAUAGCAAUAAAAUAUUCUCCAAUGAGUUGAUGAAACGCAUGAAGAACAUCCCGAGGUUUUGGAUGCCUCCAGGGAAUAUGGAUCCUGUCAGCGAACGAGAUAAUGAAGUAAAAAAUCACAGCUGUGGAUGCAUAUCCUGGGAUGGUCUGAACCUUGUGGUGGGCUCGACAGGAGGUGGACCCCGGGGAAAACCCAGUGGGGCAGUAUCGGACGCUGGAAUAAUUGGCUGUGGGCUUUUCGCCUCAGAGACCCUCGCCUGCGUAAUUACUGGACCUACCGACUCCCUAGUUCAACUCAAUUUAGCCAGUGAAGUUGUCGACGAGACAGAGGAACUCAACGCCUGUCCUGAGACCGUCUUGAAAAAACACGUAAACUUGUUGAAAGCAGUUGGUGAAGCUGCUGGGGGUAUUAUUUUGCACUCGAGUGGCUGCACAGGGAUCUAUUUCACGGCUCCCUGCAUGCCUUAUGCCGUCGUCAAAGACGAGUGCAUUGUGUAUGGUUGGGAUAUGUGUCAGAGGCAUUAUCGCAAGUACUCUAAUGUCGACGGGAAAAAUAUUUGCAGAUGUAACAUUGAAAUGCAAAACUUCUAGGUGCAAAUGCAUCGAAUUUUACAUGAAAAUAGGGAAAAACCGUUCUAACGAUUCAAUAAACAAGUGCUAUAUUCAUCAAAUUACUUUAUGAUCAAUCUCUUCAGAUU